AUGCAGGCAUUGCCGUUAACCGGACUCGAUGAACAAAAUCGGCUUCAAGCGAAGUCGGCGCUCGUGACCUGUAGGAGCCUGGAGCGCAGGUGGCUCCUGCGGCUGCUCCUGCGGCCAUUCCUGCGGCUGUUCCUGCGGCCAUUCCUGCGCCUGUUCCUGCGGCCGCGGCACGCAUCUGCUCCUGCCGACGGCCCCGUCCCUGCCUGGCCUGGGCCAAGCGAAACGAAGCAACGCGGUACUCCCGGCCGGUUUUUAACGCGGAUCGAAACCGGCGCCUGCCCCGAGCCGCUGCCGCGCCGUUUCCAGCGGCAGCGGCAGCGGCCCCCGCCGCUCCUGGUCUGGCCCCGCGUCAUCCUCUUCGGAGACUCCAUCACUCAGUUCUCCUUCCAGGAAAAUGGCUGGGGGGCAUCCCUUGCUGAGAGACUGGUCAGAAAAUGUGAUGUUGUGAACCGUGGGCUCUCAGGGUACAACACCAGGUGGGCUAAAUUGAUUCUUCCAAGACUGAUCAGUAAAAGUACUGGUGCUGAGAGUACUGUUGCGGUUACUAUUUUCUUUGGAGCCAAUGACAGUGCUUUGAAAGAUCUGAACCCUAAGCAACACGUUCCUUUGGAAGAAUAUGCUGCGAACUUAAAGAGCAUGAUACAGUAUCUGAAGUCAGUAGACGUCACUGAAGACAGGAUCCUUUUGAUAACGCCGCCACCUCUUCAGGAAUCAGCUUGGGAAAAGGAGUGUCUUGCCAAAGGUGACAAAUUAAAUCGCCGCAAUGCCACCACUGGGGAAUACGCCCAGGCCUGUGUUCAGGUCGCUAGGGACUGUGGAACGGAUGUACUUGACCUCUGGACACUGAUGCAAAAAAAUCAGGAUUUCUCCUCCUAUUUGUCUGAUGGGCUCCAUUUAUCAACAAAAGGCAACAGCUUUCUAGCAGCACAACUUUGGUCACACCUGGAAAACAAACUGUCUGCUCUUCCUUCGCUGCUUCCUUAUUGGCGUGACGUGGACCAUACGAACCCUGAGGCCAGUCUUCUGUGA